GCAUAGACCGCACAAGAACCUGGACCAAAGGAGGCAGAAUUUCAGUUUCUUAUCCAUUAUCGCUAUGGGAAUUAUACCAUUCUUUCAGAACCAAUCUCUCAUCACAUACUAUCUGAAGCUAGUCCACCCUCGACACACAGACUAUAAAAAACUGCCGGUUGAAGGAACACCAGCAGUAGAUUGUUAUUAUUGCUUUAUAGCCAGUAGUGUUUCUAGAAUAUGUGUCCUGCUGAUGCAGGAAUGAUGUACCACCCUGUGCGAUGAGAAGUAACCAAACAUUUGCUCAGAACUGGAAAAUGUCAGUGCUCUGUAUGUCUGUGGCGGUAAGUACAAGGCACCUUUGUCUAUAAUUUUAUUCUUAUUAUAGGCGUACUCCCCGGCAGGUUCUCGAUUUAAAGAGACAGCGCCUAUUUUUGCGGUUGUCCGGAUUUAAACCUGCCGGUAUGUGCAAUUAGUCAAGUGAAUAUAUUGUUAACUUUGAUAAUUCUAUAAUUCAUGCAUUGUACGCCUAAUCUUGUAUAAUAGGCUACUACAUCUAUAUAUAUAUAUUAAAUAAUACAAUAUAUAUAUAUUGUCAGAACAGAAUGGAAGGAUGGAGAACAAUAGCACAUAUAUGACUCUAUUGUUUGCCCAUUGAGAAUGACACUAACGUUAAUAUUAAUCAUAUUGCAGGCUACAUGUAAAUGGGAAUCAUUGCUUGUUAUUAGCUAACAUGAAUUCAUUGUACACUAAUUUGCUGUAAAAUAUUAAUGAUAUAUAAUAUAAUCUUAAGAAGCCCUGUAUUCAAACAGCUUUUAUGGGACUCUACCCCUAUGUGGUCAUAUAUGUACUGAAAACAUCCCAUACUAACAUGUCAGGUUCCCAUACAAAGACUUCAGGCUUUGUUUUCUCCAUGCUGGAGGAAAACAUAGGGAAAACAUCGACUACAUUUGAAUUGCUGUAGUGGAUGUUGACCUACCCUGCCUCCAUCUAAUUUAACACUUCUAUUUAAGGAAUGUUCUCAUUUAUACAUAGAUCCAUGUAUCUUUGUCUUAUUGACACUUCAGAAUGGACUCUUCAGAACAUACAGCGCAGGGCUAUAUUUAUAUGAGUGCUAUACCAACUGAUCAGCCAGAGAGAACACACCAUAUAGAAAUCUGCAUGUUUCAUUACCAAUUUAUAGAAGUUUUACAUUUUUAUUUAUUUAAUUGUAUUAUUUGGCCAAAUCCUGAUAGUAGGGUGGUAUCUAAACUACUUUACAGAUACAGUAGUCCAUCAUUCAAUACAAUCAAUGAUUAACAUUUAAGCAGUAAAUGGGUCGUCCUUAUCUCCUAGCAUCACCAUGGAACAGAUAUUAUAACAACAUUAUAUUUUCCAUUCAAAUAUUUAAAUGUAUGUCAGUCAGUUCUGUGUUUGGGCCCCUCUGUGUAUCUUCUCUGAGGUGAAGUCCACUGGUUGUUUGUGUUUGUGCUGUUGGCAGUACAUUGUGACAUUAGCAAGAAUAUUCUUCACUGGCCCAUGAAGGAGGAGGCUCCACUGGCUUUUGUCAGUGAUAAAUGAGGCAUGACUGCAUCCAAACAAAUUCUAUUUUCCUCUCCGCUUAGUUGCAUGAUGAUGUUGCAACAGGUGCUGGUUUGGUUGUGUGUUAUCUGGUACUGUAAUGGCUUAUGGAAAGCUUAAUGUUGUUCAAGACACACACAGAGUUACUUUUGCACUGUUGUGGCAAACAGCCAUAUCUUCCAUGUACAACAGCACAGUUAGGCUGUGAGCUGGAUGUUGUGGAUGAUACCAGAGGCUCUGACAACAACAAUGGAAUGCAGCAUGUUGCGGCACAUGUAUGUACUGUAUGUGCGGUUAUUUUAAAAUAAUGUCAAAAAAUGUAAAAAAGAAAAAUACACCUGCCAAAUGGCAGUGUGUCUGUCCAUUUCCCGUAUCAGAUUUCUGAUGGAUGCUUUCACUUGCCCUUUGUGUGUUGCUCAGAGAUGUGUUUGCCUAUGCGGUCGGCCUAACUUUGAGGUGUUACCUAACACAUGGACAGGCACAUGCACGCACGCACACACACACACACACUCACACUCAUAGGGGUUGUCAUCAUGUGCACUCGACCCCUAGACCUUAGGCACAUAACUGACAGUAUACUAAGUGAACUGUGUGUGCCGUCUUGUCACACGUCUCAUGCAGAAAAGGUGGAGAUGGAUCACCCCAUCCUCUCACAGUAAGGAUGAGAAAGUGUUGAAACCGAAAGAUUGUUCUGGUUCAACAUGUCACUGAACCAUGCUGAUUGAAAACCAUUGCCCAAAUGCCUAAGCGUUUCCUUUGUGUUACCGUUAGGUGCAUGAUGUGCAAAGAGGCCCUGUACAAAGGGGUUGUGUGUGUCUUGGGGCGGGCGUGUUGUUGUUGGAGGUUGAAUUACAGAGUGUUCAGGCAGGCAGUGCAGAUUUAGCUGAGUCUGGCUGUCUCUCCAGGAACCAGCCCUGCAGCCAGCAGCAGCAGCAGCACUGCAGUGACACGGCAUAAACGGGCUGGCCCAUCCUUUCCUCUCCUCUCCUCUCUUCCCUCUGUCCUCCAGCCAGGGAGGGAGCAUCCUGAUAUCACUAUCACUAACCUCCUGGGGCUCAGCUCUAAACAUAUGAGUCAUAGAACUAGUGCUGCUAUGGUUUUAGUAUUUCCCUUCACUAUUAAUAAUGUCCAUGUCCAUGUAUCAAAUGUAUUAGAUUUAGAUGAUUCUACUGAAUAUAUAUCUACAAACCAGAUUAUACUACAUUAUUUAUAAAAUCAAAUCAAAUCAAAUUUAUUGGUCACAUACACAUGGUUAUCAGAUGUUAUUGCGAGUUUAGCGAAAUGCUUUGUAUCCUGCAUGGCAGGUAUGAAAUGCUGAAGAGGGUUGAGGUAGAUUCAGAGUAAUAGAGGUAGUUAUCAGUGAUUCAUGCCCACUCACAGGCUGUGUGGGGUGGUGUUGAUGGGCAGUCUCUCUCCGACAGCAGCAGUCUCCUGACAGGGUGCCAGCAGUGCGUUCUUUCACACAGGAGAUGCAGUGACACGAGCCUGCUCUCUUAUCUGAGCUAGAAGGGAGGGACAUUCACUCGCUCUCCUCGCACUCUCUCUCUCUCUCUCUCUCGCACACACGUACACACACAUUCAUUCACACCACAAACCGUCAAUAUCUGUGCUGUUCAGGCCACUAAUGUCCCUGCAGUGUGUCACAUGUUGAAUAUUACCAGUUGCACACUUGCUUUUUAUUCGGUAAAUAUGUGACGUGGCUGGAGCUGGAACAUUUUGUUCCUCAUGACGUGUCAUCAACAGGCAGAGUGUGUUGACAAAAAAUUAUGUGGUUUGAGUAAGGAUGUUGCCCUUAAUUACUCCUUAUCUUCAAAUGUGCUUUCCGUCUCAAGGGUCAAUUUGCACAUGAUGAUUUUACAUAACCGAACGAAACUCAUAGGAUUCUACAAGAAAUGUAGUCCUGGGACCAGUGUUACUGUUUAGGAAUGAGUCCUGGGAAGUGGACUGACCCCUUAGGGCCCCUGGUCUGUAGAGGGGAAUUUGUCCAGUCAUCAGCAGAAUUUGAUGACUGUCUCCUCCAGUGCCUGACUUCAAAUCCGCAUGGCAUCGUUUAAAAAAUGCAAUUACAACCAGAGUUUGUAGAGGUGGUUGCAUUCUCCUGCUCAGACGUUGCAUGCAUCAACCAAUGGUUGCAUGCCACAUCAUCGACUGUGCUGUCGGGCAGCAGAUUGCUAUAACAUAUGGGGUGUGUUGCUCUGCCCAGGCAUUGCUGACGCAUGCCUGAUCUUACAAUGCCUGGAUAGGUAUUUUACGUAUCAGCUAGCUGCUAACCACAUCAAAUGUUAUAGCAAUCUGGUGCUCAACGGCACAGUCGAUGGCGUGGAACGCAACCAUUGGUCGAUUCAUGCAAUGUCUGAGCAAGGGAACGUAACCUUGAUGUGGUUAGCUGAUACAUAAAUUACCUAUCCAGGUGUUGUAAGAUCUGGCAUGCGUCAGCAACGCCUGGGCAGAUGAAUGCUCCCAUGGUUAUGCGCAACUGCGCAACAGAUUGUUGUUUCUGAAGGGAGGCCCACUCUCUCAGACUUUGAAAACGCCUGAAUUAGGACAUUCUCGUUUCUCUGUGAGGUCUACUGCAGUGUGUAAACCAUUAAAAGCACUCUGGAUUUGCCUCCCAACUUUUAAUAGGGCUUUGCAUGUACAGAAAGUGAUGAUGCAGCCACCUUGCUCUCCCUGCAUAUCGGCAGUUAUUGCCUCCAACAUCAUAUUUCUGUGACAAAUUGGCACCCUUGCCAAAGAAUUUAGAAAAAAAGAGCCACAUCCCAGCCAGCUCCACAUUUAAGAGAGGAAAUAAAACAUGCAGGCUGCCAUUAGAAGGAAUUUCAUGAAGGAUCUGCAUUAGGGCUAGACUGGAUGUACUGUAAAUGCAGUGAAAGGAGUGGAGGAGGGUUGUUGUGGAUGCUGAUGACAUUUCACUGCUAUGGAACACAUUCAAGCCAUAAUUACUUCAGAAUGGAUGCCCGUCAGCGAAAGUCAAACAGAAGGUCAUCACACAUCAACAGAACAUUGGCUACUCUGUUUUUUCACCAGAUUUCAUCUUGAUGAAAUUCCUCAAUGUGCUGUUUAGAACAUCAGCCAAGUUGUGGUACCUGUAAUUUGAAUGGAUUUUCAAGUGCUUACUAUUUUCAUGUCCCUUGGAUGGAUAUCCUUAACAUAAAUAUUUUACAUUUCUGAAAAAAACGAAAUACAACCAUGUUGAGCUCGCCUUGUUAAAAAAUAGACUGAUAUAUAUUUAGUCUCUUUAUAAAGUUAUUUCAAUUAGUUUAUUGGAUCUAUUACAGGUUGUAACAACAACAACAAAAGAUUGACGACAACAGAAAAACGUAACAUUAUAUUAGUACUAAUGGAAUUAUAUAGAUUGUAGACAUAAUAUACUUAUCCAUAGUCCCAGUCGGUAUUAGAUAGAACCUAGGUUACCCCAUUGGCUCACAGUAAAAACGUGAACAUUUUCUUGUUGUCUGUUUGUUUUAGUCAAUUACAAAACUACAUUAAGGAAAGUACAACAUGUUUAAAGAUUACUUUUCAACAUUGCCUGCUCCCGAGCAUUCUCACUGCAUAGAAAAACAUAAUAUUGUAGGGCUUCCCUCAUGCCCCUUUUCAUGGCGGUGCUAGCAGCCACGUGAGUGAGUGUUAGCUAGCUACCAACCGGAACAAUAACCUAGCCAAGACCAACAACCCAAACGAACUGACUAUACAGCUACAAGUAGUGAGUGGAGUUACAAAUGGACUAUACUAAACAAGUUAAAUGUCUUACCUGUGAUUAAAUGUUUUCCACACACAUAGCUACAUGUAGCCUACUUCGACACCGGGUCCCUACAUUUCCCACUCUCCCACGCCAAAUAGCCUGAAGUCACAGGGCUCUUCUUGCGGUCUCUAUUUCCCUACAUGGGAGCAUUACGAACCGUAGGUCGGGAUUUUUGACCUGGUUACAUGUACAUUGAACAAAACAGCAGCUUUUCGGCACGUUUUGUUAUUUCUGUAUAAUGGGGGUCAAUGGGAAAGAAUGUUUGUUUUCCCCAAUUUGUGGGUGUAGUCGAGGGGAAUUCCUUAUUAUUAUGUGAAUAUCACCUCAGAGUAUUCCAUAGUGAUGUCAUUGUUAGAGCAUGACCCAUGACCUAGCUUCUGUCAAAUAACAGUAAGCGGGAAAGCCAGUAGGUUACUUAGCAUUAGGGUUGAGAAUGUGCUCUGUAAUGUUGAAUCACUGCAAAUGUUUCUGACUCACUGUCCUUUAACUAUAGCCAGUUUGGGGGUUUAUAGGGGUGACUUUGCCUUAGCUGUGGUUGUUUUCACUCAUCCAUUUAUUUGGUAAAUAAGCUGAAGCCUGGGUCUCUAACUGCAACUCUAUGUGUUGUCAUCUUUUCUGCAGUACAUUGUCCAAGCUCAACACUGUCUCUGUUGUCAUUUCUUUCUGUUCUCAGCUACUGUACAGUGUGGUUGGUGAGGCCUCCAUCCAGACUCUGACACCCAUUCCUGCCACUGAGAUAGUGGCCCUGUCUGCCCGCCACUACUACCACACAGACCCCAGCACGGGCAGUCAACUGGUCUGUGACAAGUGCCCUGCGGGAACCUUCGUGUCCAGGCACUGCACCCAGACCAACGUGAGGGAGUGCAGCCGCUGCGGCGAGGGCACAUUUACGCGUGGAGAGAACGGGGUUCAGCAAUGCCACCACUGCAGGAGGCCCUGCCGCGCCCCCCUCGUUGAGAAGGUUCCCUGCACGGCUACCUUGGACCGGGUCUGCACCUGCCCCCCGGACACCUUCGCCAAGGGGGACACCUGCACUCCCCACUCCCUGUGCCCUGUGGGCUCAGGGGUGAAGAAAAGGGGCAGCAAGGUGGAGGAUGUAAGCUGUAAGGUGUGUGCGCGAGGUAGCUUCUCGGACGUGGUCUCCAGUGUAUUGAGGUGCAGGACACAGACAGACUGCCAGGCCCAGGGUCUGCCCCUACUGGCAGCGGGCACCAGAGAGGCAGACAACAUCUGUGGACCUGCUUCUCCCACCUCCCCCACCCUCCUGGGACCUGCACAGUCUGCCUUCGUCCAGGAGACCUCCUCUUCCUCCUCCUCAGCUGGCCCAGUACACAAAGGUAAGGCAGUGCCCUAGGACAGUGGACCCGACUCCCUCAACUACUUUACAUCUGUUGCUACCCAACCCAGGCUAUUUUGCUACGUGUUUCAGUUGAGGAUCACCCUAGACAUCACCUCAAGGGGGUUGUAAUCCUCAUGUAGAAACUCUAGGGGAAGCCCAGACUGUAAAACAGGUUUGUGUUCCUAAACAACAUGUCCCCACAUGGCUGUUAUUCUCCCGAUUUAGUCUGUCACAUCAAACAUUGGCCUGGCCAUCAGAUACUGUACAGUGAUAAAGUGACAUGUUUGAUCUUGGUGGAAAACAUGUUUUUGUUUCCAUUCAAUCCCAGACUAAUAAUAAUAUAACAUAAUAUGCCAUUUAGCAGACGCUUUUAUCCAAAGCGACUUACAGUCAUGCGUGCAUACAUUUUUUUUUGUGUGUGUAUUUUUUUGACUACUCGCUAGCUUGUUCUCACUCUUGUCCAAAAAGGUAAUGUCUGUACAUUUGUUUUGUAUUUGCUUAUAGAGGGGAAUGUGGAAUAAACUGGGUAAACGGUUGCCCUUUUACUUAGAUACAUCUCACGCUUACGAAAACAAGGGGAAGCCAUUAUGACUAUACAUUCAACAGAGAGAGAGCUUCCUUUGUAGUGGUUGUUGUUUUUUCUUCCCAACAGCCAAGCGUUAUGUAGCCUAACAGGUCAUAUUGACAACGAUCACAAAGGAUGCUCAUCUGAAACACAUAAAAGCAUUCAAGUGAAACGUUCCUCUUUUUUCUACAAAUAUUAGGCUUUCUAUGUGCGAAAAAUUUGAAACAGUUUUCUCUUUAGGAAAUAUUUCCUCAUUUUCUGGGGGUCAUAGAAGAUACUACUCAUUCCCAAAAUGCUACAAGUAGUUACUCACUGAAAAUGUUACUAUGGCAACAUAGUUCACAGAGACUAACUAACUAUUUAGUUGUUGUCUCUGAUGGAUUACAAGUUGAAGGACAUUUGAGACUGUAAAAAUAAACAUAUGGCAUCUGGAACUUAAGGAAGCAGCUACAGUAUUUCCAGACACAGGACUGUACAAGUCUCUCUUUAAUUUUUUCUUCUGCUGGUGCUUUUGUCCACAGUUUAGUCAGUAGUAUUUCACAAUGUCAACCUAUUGUAACAGAUCAUUAAUGCCACUGCUGUUUGUCUUGUGUGUAGAUAAAUAGCCUCUCUCUUGGUUAAAUUGCCCCCUCGUUCAGUGAGAAUGGCUGAAGGGUCCACUUCCACACAUACUACAGAGAUCCCCAUGCCUCAGUCUCAUUCUCAGCUGAGUCUGUAUCAAUGAGAAGGGAGGGGGAGGAGGCUGUUGCACAAAAGCUGCCAAGACCGGACAGUGUGACCCCAUGCAGUGAGGAACUGAAAUCAGUGUAGUUGAGAUGGAGAUGCCGGUAACAGAGCUUGCUUCUGGAUUACCUGUGCACUGUUAAAAGGAUCCAAGGGAUUACCAAUGAUCCAGGUGCCAAUCCCAAAAGCAUCCCCCUAUAGGAUGCAUUUAUGAAAUGCUAAUCUGUUUGGUACUGUAGUGGUAGACAGGGAUAUUCCAGCUCAGGGUAACAUAGUUUUUACAGUAUAUUGAUUCUGGUUCAGUGGAGGUAAACAUAACUCCCCUAUUUAUUGGCUGUUUUUGUUUUUACACUAGCCUAUAGAGGCAGUGUAGCUUCGACAUUUGUGCCUGCAUCUUUUGUUAUGGAGCAAUAGUAAUCUAUCAGGGUCAAUUUCAGUUAAAUCUAGUUCAAUCUCAAUUGACUAACAGUGACAUGAAUGUGUUCAGGCAUAUUUUGUUGACCUCUUUUCAACUCAAAUUCAAUGUCCCAUUCAUCUCCUGCUGAGACUGGAGCUGUAAUGGAAUUCACUCCAUCUUUAGUAGAGUACUGUAUGAAUGCGGUAGCUGUAGAAGGAGCAAACUAGUGCUCUUCUUGUGUCAGAUUAGAAUGGAGAGGACAGCUGGGGUCUGGCCAGGGCGGGGCCCUUCCCGCAGAUUGCCUGUGGGAUUAAAGUUUUACAAUUUGGACUAAAUUUGAUUAUCUUUCUCCGCAUCACCCUCCCCCUCUCUCUCUCCUCUCUCUCUCUCUCUCUCUCUCUCUCUCUCUCUCUCUCUCUCUCUCUCUCUCUCUCUCUCUCUCUCUCUCUCCUCCCUCGUUCUCACUUUCCCUUUCUAUUUGUGGUUGUGUGUCUCUGAAGGGUUAGACACCUUCAGCCUGACAGCAGGUGUUGAGGUCUUAGAGCUCUUACUGAGUGCCACGGGGACUCUACCCAGCUCCAGCAACGGCCAGGACUCCACCCCAGCAGGCUCCUCCGAGGCCAGCCCCGAAGAUGAUGGAGAGGUCCUGAACCUGGCCGCUACACCUGGAGCCCAGGACCCCACACAGACUCCACCACAGCGCAAGCACUCUGUGCCCAGUGAGCACCACCGCACCCACCCGGCAGCCAACAAGCGGGCCAUGGACGCCGUGGAGGACGGAGCGGAGGAAGGGGUGGGUCAGGGUGUGCAAAGAUCAGGGUACAGGCCCACGCGGAGGGGCUCCCCAAGGCCCAGCACUCAUACGCAUUUUGACAUCAACGAGCACCUGCCCUGGAUGAUCGUUCUGCUGCUGCUGCUGGUGCUGGUGGUGAUCGUGGUGUGCAGCGUGAAGAGGAGCUCCAGAGUGCUGAAGAAGGGGCCAGUCCAGGACCCCAGCAGCAUCAUUGAGAAGGCCAUCCAGAAGAAGACCUGCCCCCCGACACAGACCAAGGAGAAGUGGAUCUACUACUCCAACGGACAGGGUGAGUGGACGCUUUAUUUUACCUCUCAAGGUUUAUAGAAAGAAAUGCAACUUUGUUAAUUAGUCUUUUUUUAUAUAUAGCUGCAUACUUUAUAUAGACAGGUAACAGAAAACAUACAAACAAAUACAUUUUUGGUACAAAGAGAUAUUGGCGAGACUCUCAGCCGAGAAGACCGACAAUUUGUUAACUGUUAUUGCACCAGUGGGGAAAUCUAAAUCCAAUCCAUUCUGCCCCAGAACAUGACACAUAGCAGAACAGUAUGGCUGUUACACAAGCAAGGGCAUGGUCUGCAACAGACUGUAACUGCCACCUCCCCACACACAUCUCCCUUUCUCUUUCUCUACCUCUCUCCCUUCCUCUGUUGUCUCGCUUUCUUUCUCUACUUCUCUCUUUAGCCCCUUCCCUCAUGCCAUACUCACUCUAUCUUUACAUCCCUCACCACUCAGUCCUCCUCCUUCUCUUCUUCUUUUCAUUCUCUCUCUCUGUCUGUAUCUCUCUCUCUCUCUCUGUAUCUCUCUCUUCUCUCUCUCUCUGUAUCUCUCUCUGUCUGUAUCUCUCUCUCUCUCUGUAUCUCUCUCUGUCUGUAUCUCUCUCUCUCUGUCUGUAUCUCUCUCUGUCUGUAUCUCUCUCUCUCUCUGUCUGUAUCUCUCUCUCUCUGUCUGUAUCCUCUCUCCUACUCUCUCUCUCUGUCUGUAUCUCUCUCUCUCUCUCUCUGUCUCUUCCUCUUUCGUUCUCCGUCGUCGUAUCGCCUCUCUCCUUCUCCUCGUCUGUAUCCUCUCUCUCUAUUCUCUCUGUCUGUAUCUCUCUCUCUGUCUGUAUCGCUCUCUCGCUCUCUGUCUGUAUCUCGCUCUCUCUCUGUCUGUAUCUCUCUCUCUGUAUCUCUGUCUUCUUCUCUCUCAUCUGAUCUCUUUUCUGUAUCUCUUCGCUGUUAUCUCUCUUCCUCCCUCUCGUCUCGUGUCUUCUCGCCCUCUCGUCUGUCUUCUCUCUCUCUCUUCUCUCUAUCUGCCCUUCUUCCUUGUCUUCUCUCUCUCUCUCUCUCUGUCUGUUCUCUCCCCCUCCUCUCCUCGCUCUCCUCUGUCUGUAUCUCUCUCUCUCUGCUUCUCUCUUCCUAUCUCUCUAUCUCUGCUUCUCGUCUCUCUCUAUCUCUCCUCCGUCUCUCUGCUCUCGAUCAAGGGUCCUCUCUCCUCUCUCUCUCUCUCUCUCUCUCUCUCUCUCUCUCUCUCUCUCUCUCUCUCUCUCUCUCUCUCUCUCUCUCUGAUGUGUCUGGUUGUCUGUAGCCAUGGGGGCCAGGGAGGCCGCAUGGGGCUGCUAGGUUACAGUAGUGAAACCCCAGUACCGCAGCAGGCAGGCAGGAGGAAGAACGCCGCCAGCCGCAGCCUGAUGUCAGCCUCAGAUAUCCAUCCGCUAGUAAGCGAGAGAGAGGGAGAGCUCCAACCCAGUGCAGUUCAGUUCAAACCAGAUUAUUCCAGUUCUCUGUGGUUGGAGAGAAGCUCAACUUUAUCAUUGCACAGACACAUGCCCCCCGGGAAAGGAUGGAGGGAGGGCUGGGGAACGCUGGGUGGGCCGCUGCUUUCAAAGUUAUGUGUCACUGAGGGUGUCGGUGGUCAGGGCUCCCACCGUGUGAAAUUAAGAUCUUAGCACAUUCUACCGGUCUGCUCACACCACGUGAGAAUGUUCUAGGAAUGUAUAGUAGGGAUGUAGACAUUACGAAGAUAGAAAGGGACAACUGAAACAUAAUCAAUAGCCUAAUCUUCACAUUCAGUCUGACUACAUACAGUUGUGUAUUCAACUUCCCUUUUUUGUUACUCAUGAAAAUACCCUUUUGAAAUUAUUUGAGAGAGCAAUCUGACUGUUCUUUUUUCUUUAACAAUUGAUUCCUCAAGGAAAGUCCUCAAUGAAAAACUGCUUUUGCAUUCACAACUGCUUUUGCAUUCACAACUGCUUUUGCAGUCACAAAAAUGCUUCACAUACUUUUCUUUACUGUUGUUUCAAAAUGGUGGAGUAGUAAUAUUUUUAUAUAGAUGUCCAGAUCAGAUACACAAAUAAUCUUCAUUUUUACUGCGUUGUUUAUCUACAUUCAGUUCCAAAAAAGAGAAUUUAAUUGUAUUUGAAACUUCAAACAACAAGUGAAUUUACGGCAUGUUCUUUAAAAACGAUUACAGAAUGUUUAUCAAGUAGAAGCCGAGUUUUACAUUCAGACCGUGUAUGUGUGUGUGUGAUUACACAGCUAUUUACUCUCUCAAAGCAAAACAGUUUCUUAAUUCGUCCAAGGUGUGUGAUUGGCUACCCUGAAGGCUUUAAUGUCUAUUUAUUAGAGUAGUUAAAAAGGCACACUAAACAGUGGAAUGGGAAACAUACUGUAUAUAAAGAAGAUCAUACAAAUAGCUCAUUAUUUCAUACAAGUCCAGAAAGUGGCGUGAAGGGCAAGCAGGGUGUACGUAGUGCAGAUGAAAAGAAUCCCCCCUGCUGUUUACGAACGCAAAACAGGCAGGGAAGUACCCAGGAGGCCGUGCUGCUCAGCUCCAGGGUGGGCCACAUGGACAGGCAGCAGGGAUAGGACCUGGGUGGUGGUGAGUCGGUUGGGCCUGCUGUGUGGGCUCUAUUGCUUUCACGUGCCUCGGAAAUCAGGGCAAUUUGAUAGGGACAUCUUACAGAUUUCCCUAUCACUGUGUACUCUGUGAUCUGACAAAGUCAUUUCCUUCCUGGAUUUGGACAGGAUUUUGUAUUAUUACUUUUUUUUUAUGCAGACUGAUUUGAUUAUGAUACCUUACGUUAAUUCUGUUCUUUGACAAACAUUACAUUUUCUACAAAAUGAUCAACACUGAGCAAGAAAUCACAGCACUAGGCAGUCAAGAGAUUGAAACAAUAAAAGUGGCUAAGCAGCAAGCUGGUCUUAUGUGACCAGUUUGUCUCUUCCAUGACAAUGACAAGCUUACUUUGUCACCAGCGACAAUCCCCAGAGAGGCUCAGAGCAAACGGGACUGGAGGGGGAAAAACUGCAUGGCUGCCAUUGUGGGCUGUUUGUGGCCUCGUUGUCAUUCAGCCCACUCAGCUCAGACCUGCUGUGGCUGGUUUGCUGUCUCAAUUGAGUUUUCUAAUGGAAAUAUUACAGCACCACCACUUCCCAUAAUAGUCUGUGGUACUGGAUAACCGUCAGGUCCUCUACUUGAAAUGGAUGGAGACUAUGUGACAAUAUGUUUGGAUUGUGCAGUAGUGGUACGUGGGUAAAAUCACUGGGGAAGCCAAGCCAUAUUACAACCUACACUGUAUGUGUUGUCAUAAUUGCGUUGUUUGCUGUUAAUUCAUAUGCCUUGCGACCAUGAUAUAUAGGCCUAAAGGCAGAGACAAUAAGAAGACAGUGGCAGAAUAAAUUCAAUCACACCUUUGUUUUAUCACAAAACUGGAUAGCAACAUCUGUCCGGUGAAGUCCACAACGCAUAUUGCAUGUAACAGACAGUUACAUGACCUACAGCAUGGUUAAGCAAGUUAAUGUUUCCGACAUUUUCGGACUACUAAACAACUACUGAUUUAGAACCACAGAGAGUUACCGCAACUCGCAAAGAAAACAGGAGCUGCCUCCACUAUUCCAACAUAAUUUUAACUUCAACAUUUCAACAUCAUCAAAUCUCCUCUGCUUAGUCUAGUACAGUGACAACUAAAAGAUACCAAAAACAAUUUAGUCCAAUCAACAUAAGCUAAAUAUUAUGUGGCUGUCCAUGGUUCUGAUCUCUGUUUGCAUGUGUGUGUGCAUGCGCGUGCUUUCGUGCAAGUAGAAAAUAUGUUGACUCACCCUACUUGUAGAGAAACGCCAAUGCCAUCCUCUUCUCUUUCAUGUUGACGAAACGGUCUAUCACACUGUCAUACAGUACACGCUUAAAUUUUUUGUUGUCCUAGGCUGGCUAAAACGCUUGUUCGCUAGCCUAACUUCCAUUCAUGGGCAAAAUUAGCUAGUUAACAUUAGCCUUCUACAUCUAGUUACUGUACAUAUUGAACUUCCAUUCUCUCAGACCAGGGUUACAACAAUGUGGUUGGAUCAGAACCGCCGUUAUAAGCAUUGGCCAGUACGGAGAAUUAAGUAAAUCCCUAACUCCAUCAAAUGGCUAAUUUAGGAAAGGGUCCAUUUUAGCUAGCUAGCCACAACGAGAUGCAACAAUUGAAGUUGUUUCUGUUAAUGACAUAUGCUCUCAAAGCAAUUUGAUAGGUGAGACGCCAAAUCCAAGCUGGCUUCCCUUGACACAAUUUUUUUCUUCCCCAGGACCAUUCACAGUUGAGCUCAACACUGAUUGGCAAAUUUGUUAUACUUAUUUGUCAAGGGAGGCCAAAUGCUCGCUGGCUUCCCUUGCAUUCAAUGCUACGGACGGCAACAAUUUCAUACUCAUUUGGACCAGGCAGUAUCAGAUAGAUGGCCUACACGUAAAGAGACAUAGGGGCGCUGUUUCGCUCGCUCUGAUACUUUCUCCUGUGAGAUACAUUCAGCCUCUUGUGAAUUGAAGGAAUAUUAUGAAACACAGAGAGACGAAAGAUAAAGUAUUUUAUGUUAUAAUUAUUAUUAUUUGGGGGUACAUUCUUUGGGGAAGCCUGGUUUUCCUUAGAAACCAUGAAUACACACCACUGGUAUUGGGUGACUCGCUGAGUAACCCGUUGAAUAAAGGCGUCAGCAUGCUUCAGUUCAGCUGGCGCCUAGCCGAACCAAAUGAGUGUGGUCGCAUACUCCCUUAAAAGACCUUCGCUUGAAAAAUUAGAAAAAAGCAGCAAUAGUACUGUCUUUCCACUUUGAGACGCCGUAGCCAGUAUACACUUCCUCAAAAUAGUCCGAAUUAGAUAACUCAAGAAAUCUGUCAUUAAUUUUGACGUUUUUGCCGAAGAGAUCUUAGUCGCACAAUUUUACAUCUAACUAAGAUGUUUGGUGCAGUAUUUCUCAAUGAAUAAAUGUGCAUGAAAACGAUUCGUCUCUCGUUGAACGACAACAAAGACUUUAUUGAAGAAUGCCUACUGUUGACCAAUCACCGACCAAGGGGCGUAGACUUCGGCUACCGAUUUCGGCUUGUGUGACGAAGCAGCCGAAAAAACCCUUACCGAAGUCCAAAACAAGUAAAAACGUCACAAAAUGUAAUCAUAAUAUAUCCACAAACUCAUCCAUUUCGGCUGGGAAGCAUUACCUUACACAUCUGACAUGCAGUAGCUAACUUUCUCUGCCCUGCAGGCAACGUUAGAUUUUUGCUUAAUAUCUAUGUACCAUCAUCACUGUGAACUCAAAUUAUGUUUUACAUCUAACUAACAGAUUACAUUUGGAGUCUUUAUUACUUUUGAGCGUUCCCAAUCAACCCUGCCCCUUUAUUUACUAAUUAGCAGCCAUUUUAGGUCAGGCAUUCUGUAGUCUGUUUAUAUCCAAUCUGCCACCACUGCGUUCAUAUGCCUUGAGUUUUAGGAAGCUGACAUAGCACUGCUGUACGCAUCCACUAGCAUACUGAAGCAUCAGGAUUAGAUUUAUGUAGGUCAUCUAUUAUAUCUCACUAAAACAGAGAGGGAAUUUCUCCCUAACCUAGCUCUGGUACAUUCUUAAAAUCAUUUCCCCUAAAGCAGAUGACAGUAUGCAGGCUUGGUAGGAACUGAAAGUGACUGUCACGCGAGGCUUCUAGGUAUAGGGUCUGUCGGUCUCAUCGUUCAACACAAAGUUAUUUUGUGGCAUGACUCAGACCCUCCGGGCAGGACAACUGUAGUGUAGCCUUGGUCUCGUCCAGAUCACAAGCCAACCACCGCUGGCUUACAGCGAGUCAAUCUCCCAGCUACAAAUGCUACAAACCAACCUCGUAUUAUGCACUUUGCAUGUUUGGGCUUUGAUAUUAAUCAGAGAUCACUGUGAUCCUUAUCAAAAUUGAAACACUUUAUAGUUAUUUCUGCAUAAUAUGGCCUUUUGUAUGUAGAGUGAAGUUUAGGCCAAUUCAAUUUCACCUCCCUCAAUUCAAUAAUGAAUUUGAAUAAAUGUAAUAUUCAGUUAAUACAUUGGAAAUCCCCCUGUGUUUUAAUUAAUCUUUUGUUUUUGAUUUCAGUUGCUUCAAGUCGAAUUAUGAUGCACAGACUUAUCUUUCAAUUGAAUAUGGUUAUGCCUGCAGGGAUGGCACAGACAUGGGUUUUUUCUGCACCUGUUUUGAAGCGAUCAUGUUCUGUUUUGACUAAAUGAAGUUAUAACACCUAGUCAUGUUAUAUGUCUGCCUGGCUGUCUGAAUAUAAAUUAGUUAGGCUAUUCACGUCUGAUAAAUUUCCUGUUGUGACAAUUUUUCCCCCAGACAUAUUUAUAUUAUUGUACAGUGCCUUCGGAAAGUAUUCAGACCCCUUUACUUUUUCCACAUUUAGUUAGGUUACAGCCUUAUUCUAAAAUGAAUAAAAUUGUUUUUUACACAAUACCCCAUAAUGACAAAGCAAAAACAGGGUUUUCUACGUUUUUGCUAAUUUAUCAUUUAAAAAAACAACUGAAAUAUUACAUUUACAUAAGUAUUCAGACCCUUUACUCAGUACUUUGUUGAAGCACGUUUGGCAGGUACUUUUUCCACAUUUAGUUAGGUUACAGCCUUAUUCUAAAAUUGAAUAAAUUGUAUUUUUCCCCCCUCAUCCAAACCACAAUACCCCAUUAUGACAAAGCAAAAACAGGUUUUUAGAGAUGUUUGAAAAUUUAUAUAUAUAUUUUUAAAAAAACAUUUACAUAGUAUUCAGACCCUUUACUCAGUACUUUGUUGCAGCACCUUUGGCAGCGAUUACAGUCUCGAGUCUUCUUGGGUAUGACGCUACAAGCUUGGCACACCUGUAUUUGGGGAGUUUCUCCCAUUCUUCUCUGCAGAUCCUCUCAAGCUCUGUCAGGUUGGAUGGGGAGCAUUGCUGCACAGCUAUCCAGAGAUGUUCGAUCGGGUUCAAGUCCGGGUUCUGGCUGGGCCACUGAAGGACAUUCAGAGACUUGUCCCGAAGCCACUACUGCGUUGUCUUGGUUGUGUGCUUAGGGUCGUUGUCCUGUUGGAAGGUGAACCUUCACCCCAGUCUGAGGUCCUUUGGCAUACAGGCCAAAGAGUUCAAUCUUGGUUUCAUCAGACCAGAGAAUCGUGUUUCUCAUGGUCUGAGAGUCUUUAGGUGCCUUUUGGCAAACUCCAAGCGGGCUGUCGUACCUUUUACUGAGGAGUGGCUUCCGUCUGGCCACUCAACAUAAAGGCCUGAUUGGUGGAGUGCUGCAGAGAUUGUCCUUCUGGAAGGUUUUCCCAUCUCCACAGAGGAACUCUGGAGCUCUGUCAGAGUGACCAUCGUGUUCUUGGUCACCUCCCUGACCAAGGCCCUUCUCCCCUGAUUGCUCAGUUUGGCCGGGCGGCCAGUUCUAGGAAGAGUUUUGGUGGUUCCAAACUUCUUCAAUUUAAGAAUGAUGGAGGCCACUGUGUUCUUGGGGACCUUAAAUGCUGCUAAAAAAAAUUGUACCCUUCCCCAGAUCUGUGCCUCGACACAAUCCUGUCUCUGAGCUCUACGGACAAUUCCUUUGACCUCAUGGCUUGGUUUUUGCUCUGACAUGCACUGUCAACUGUGGGACCUUAUAUAGACAGGUGUGUGCCUUUCCAAAUCAUGUCCAAUCAAUUGAAUUUACCACAGGUGGACUCCAAUCAAGUUGUAGAACCAUCUCAAGGAUGAUCAAUGGAAAUAGGAUGCAUCUGAACUCAAUUUCGAGUAUCAUAGAAAAGGGUCUGAAUACUUUUGUAAAUAAGGUAUUUCUGAUUUUUUAAAUACAUUUGCAAAAAAUUUAUAAAAACCUGUUUUUGCUUUGUCAUUAUGGCGUAUUGUGUGUAGAUUGCUGAGGAUUCAUAAAAAAAUAUAUAUAUUUUAGAAUAUGGCUGUAAUGUAACAAAAUGUGGAAAAAGUCAAGGGGUCUGAAUACUUUCCAAAGGCACUGUAUAUGCAAGUCAACAUGUUCUGCUGCAUCCCUCAGAAGUGUGACUGGAGACAGCCAGGCUGGGUGUGGUGUAUGAUAUCCUUCAGAUAAGAUCCUACAGCUUCAGCAAGGCUGUGGUGAGGAGGAUAACCCCAUGUUCUCUUUUUCCGCUCGCAUAGUUUUGCACUAAACAAGUUGAGGCCUCUUAGCACUAUUUUUACAUGAAAACAAGCGAGUCAGCAUUUUCUCAAACCUGUCACAUAGCCUACAUAACACAAUCAUCAGUAAAAAUGCAUUGGAUGUCAUCUAGCUGCCAUGAACAGCAGAGAGAGGCCUUUGUUUCAGCACCUGGAACCAAAAAGGUUUCUUCAUUUCAAAGCACAAAAGGCCGGACAGGAGGACAGGCCGGCAGUUCCUCAAGGGUCAUUGAACCCAGCAGUAGGUUGUCUUCACAUCCUGAAAAUAACACUUCCUCCUUCUGGUUGAGACCAAUUCAGCUUUAUGAGCUGCUAGUGUCUUGGGACGGAGUCACGCUUAGUCUGUCUGGACAAGGUGCGCAAAGGGGACAGUUCUGGGGGGUGUGGAGGUGGAGGGUAGUGGUGAACUUCAGAUGCAUCUGCUGAGGCAACGCUCGGUGAGAUAUCACUUUCAGAGUGGAUUCCUGGAUUCCACUAGCUCAUGAUGCUGCAUUCCUAAUGAGCGCAAACCAGCUAAAACUGUUCUGUUCUGUUUACGUUCUAACUGAGACCUUAGGCUUAUGGUAACUGAGAGGUCAUAACCCCUUAUGUAACACACUCGCAUGUGAACACACGUGCAAGCAAGCACAUAUAUGUGCACACACAUACUCACUCACUCUCAACAUUUCUACAACACAAAUGUUAGAUUACAUUUUUUUAUAGCAUUUUAUAAGAAAGGAACAAGGGCCUAGUGUGGUUGAAGAUUAUUUUGUUGUUGAAUCUUAUUAACAGUGUAAGUCUUUUAGUUGGCUGUUGCGUUGAACUGUUCUGACCUUACAAUUAAGGAGAAAUCAAGUAAUCUAAUUGCAUGCUCUUUUAAUGUGACUUCUAAGUAGUUAAUGGGCUUAAUUACUGGAAAUUAAAAAAGGGUACAAAAGUCAAAAGGGGUAAAUUAUCAUAUGAUGUCUCAUGAUCAACAAAGGAUCCAUGUGAAUUAGUGAGUGACUUAUUAGUCAAGAGUGACUUCCAUUGUCAAUCCAUGGCUCCAGUCCAUUCCACACAUGGCAUAACAAUAACCUGUCCUCUCCUCUCUUUACCCAGGUGUGGACAUCCUGAAGUUGGUGGCAGCUCAGAUUGGCAGCCAGUGGAUCGACAUUUACCAGUCCCUGGCCAAUGCCACAGAGCGUGAGGUGGCAGCCUUUUCCAAUGGCUACCAGUCGGACCAUGACCGGGCAUACGCUGCCCUGCAACACUGGACCAUCCGCGACGGGGACGCUAACCUGGCCAAGCUCAUCAACGCCCUGCACCGCCACCGCCGCAUCGACGUGGUGGAGAAGAUACGGGGCAUCAUGGAAGAAAAUCCUCAGGUAUGCCCUACUACAGUACCUUGAAUCUCUGGCAUAAAGAAUCUGUUAUGUUUACCAGUGUACUCUCCCAUCUUGAAUCACAGGUGGGCUCUUUGGAGUAAAUGGCACUCCUCUUUUAUGAGUCUUCAGGUUCUCAUAUUAUCUCAUUAAAUCUCCAGUGUACAAAGUCACUCACCAAGUCACUUCACGUGCACACAAACAUAGAAAUCACAUAUGGGAUGACAACGUUAGUUUAAACAAGUCACAAGCGUGGUGGCCAACCCUCCUGCCUUAAGUGCCCUUGUGACUGUCCUGGCUUGGCCUCAUAGCAAUAUAGAGGUCAAUGGAGAAAGAGUGCUCAGAGGGGACAGUGGAUCAUUCAUCGCCCUCCACUUUUCUCCUCCCUUCUUCCCUUUCUCCCAGAUACAUUUCACAUUAUCCCCAUGUACAGUGUCCUUGUCUGCUCAAGGUUAGAUUCUUACAGUUAAGGGCUUGUCAUAGUCCUCUUAGAAAAGAUAUUAAGACCAGUAGAUAGCCUUUUGUAAUUUUGCUUGUCAUCACGACUUAAUAGUGAUGGUAAUACAUGGUGUGGUUUAUCUCAAUCCAUGGUAGAUGAGAUAGCAGGUCAUACAUAAUUUGGUGAGGGAGGGAAUAGGGAAGCAGAAACACAGUAUGAGUAGGGAACAUAAUGUGCUGGAGGCUCCUCCCUCCCUCCCUCUCCCAUGUUCCCUCAGUAAACUCUUGGCUGUUUCUACAGGUUUUCUCCUCAUUCCAUUGAAUUAGCACUGGGUCAUGUGGUGUAAGUGACUUAAGAGUAAACAACCAGGAAAUACAUCCAUCAUGUGCCUCAUUGGUACCAGACAUCAAUAUUUCAGACAGAGUGUACUGUAGGUCUACACGUAUGGUAUUCCUCCUUAGAGAGGUAUAAAGUACAACCGCGUGGUUCCAUUGACAUAAGACUUCCCCAUCCGUGUGAGUCAUAAAUAAGGUCUGUGUGUGGUGAUUCCACCAGAGUGGGCUGGCUGUCUUAUGUGUGGGAGGGAUGGAGCCAAGGAAGGAGGGAGAGAGGGAGUAAAGGGAGGGAGGGAGGGGAUGCUGUUUCCUGCUCCACCCCAGUCUUGUUUAUUCAUUAAGACACAGUUUGGAUCUAUGCUCCAUGACUGGGUUAUUUUUACACAAACCGCAGGUGGUGAGCCCCAAACAUUGCUAAUCUCACUGCCUCUCCAGUUGAUACUCUCUCAUUCCAAUAGUGUGAUUUCAUCAUAGCUUUAAGGCAAGGAGACUGAAGCGGAAAGGACAGAGGCUGAUCCAGGUUGUGUGUGUGUCAGCAUUUACGUGUAAUACUGUAUGUGUCAGCGUGUGUGUUGGUGUGCGUGUGGAGCAGGAUGUCCUCGUGUUUAAUUUUGCAGAUGACCCACUCCUCCAAGUCAUGGUCCCAGGGGGAGGUGAGCCAUAGCUGCAGUGUGAGUCUCUCCUCCAGCCCUCUGUCUCAGCUGGUUAAGGCCUGACUGAUGUCACUGCACUGUUAGUGUUAAAUUAGGCUUAGCCAUAGACGACUCACGCUGAAGGGCCUUGGCACAAUGUAGCAGUAUACGCCAGGACACAGAGAUCAUUUUACUAAUAAUGUCACUGUAAAAACAGUUUUGCCCCAGCAUAUGUUCAAAAUACCAAAUAAUGUGUUUUUACUUUCCACUGUCUGUUUCAUUGCCGCUGAUAAAGUCUAGGGCACGUGUUAUGAUGCUUCAGUCAGCAAGGAACCUGCCUUACAGUACAUAUACUUGUUGUGAUUUUGAAAGGUGUGUAUGUGUGUGUGUGUGUGUGUGUGGAUGAGUGUGUGUGUGUGUGUGUGUGUGUGUGUGUGUGUGUGUGUGUGUGUGUGUGUGUGUGUGUGUGUGUGUGUGUGUGUGUGUGUGUGUGUGUUUGGAUGAGUGCAUGUGUGCUAAGGUGCGGAGAGUCAGUGCAGGUGAUCAGUCCAAUUCAAGUGUUCAGCAUACGUAAAAAAUGUAUACACACAUGACUGUAAGUCGCUUUGGAUAAAAGCGUCUGCUAAAUGGCAUAUUAUUAUAAUAUUAUUAUUCAGCAGUCUGAUGGCUUGUAGACAGAAACUGUCUCUGAGCCUGUUGGUAUCAGACCUCAUGCUCCAAUACAUCAAUACAGGUCUAAGAUUGAAUCAUACUACACUGGCUCUGACGCUCGUCGGAUGUGGCAGGGCUUGAAAACUAUUACAGACUACAAAGGGAAGCACAGCCGCGAGCUGCCCAGUGACACAAGCCUACCAGACGAGCUAAACCACUUCUAUGCUCGCUUCGAGGCAAGCAACACUGAAGCAUGCAUGAGAGCACCAGCUGUUCCGGACGACUAUGUGAUCACGCUCUCCGUAGCCGAUGUGAGUAAGACUUUUAAGCAGGUCAACAUUCACAAGGCCGCAGGGCCAGACGGAUUACCAGGACGUGUACUCCGAGCAUGUGCUGACCAACUGGCAAGUGUCUUCACUGACAUUUUCAACAUGUCCCUGACUGAGUCUGUAAUACCAACAUGUUUCAAGCAGACCACCAUAGUCCCCGUGCCCAAGAACUCUAAGAUAACCUGCCUAAAUGACUACCGACCCGUAGCACUGACGUCUGUAGCCAUGAAGUGCUUUGAAAGACUGGUCAUGGCUCACAUCAACAGCAUAAUCCCAGAAACCCUAGACCCACUCCAAUUUGCAUACCGCCCCAACAGAUCCACAGAUGAUGCAAUCUCUAUCGCACUCCACACUGCCCUUUCCCACCUGGACAAGAGGAACACCUACGUGAGAAUGCUAUUCAUUGACUACAGCUCAGCAUUCAACACCAUAGUGCCCUCUAAGCUCAUCACUAAGCUAAGGAUCCUGGGACUAAACACCUCCCUCUGCAACUGGAUCCUGGACUUCCUGACGGGCCGCCCCCAGGUGGUAAGGGUAGGUAACAACACAUCUGCCACACUGAUCCUCAACACGGGGGCCCCUCAGGGGUGCGUGCUCAGUCCCCUCCUGUACUCUCUGUUCACCCAUGACUGCAUGGCCAGGCACGACUCCAACACCAUCAUUAAGUUUGCCGACGACACAACAGUGGUAGGCCUGAUCACCGACAACGAUGAGACAGCCUAUAGGGAGGAGGUCAGAGAUCUGGCCGUGUGGUGCCAGGACAACAACCUCUCCCUCAACGUGACCAAGACAAAGGAGAUGAUUGUGGACUACAGGAAAAAAAAGAGGACUGAGCACGCCCCCAUUCUCAUCGACGGGGCUGUAGUGGAACAGGUUGAGAGCUUCAAGUUCCUUGGUGUCCACAUCACCAACGAACUAUCAUGGUCCAAACACACCAAGACAGUCGUGAAGAGGGCACGACAAAGCCUAUUCCCCCUCAGGAGACUAAAAAGAUUUGGCAUGGGUCCUCAGAUCCUCAAAAAAUUCUACAGCUGCACCAUCGAGAGCAUCCUGACUGGUUGCAUCACCGCCUGGUAUGGCAACUGCUUGGCCUCUGACCGCAAGGCACUACAGAGGGUAGUGCGUACGGCCCAGUACAUCACUGGGGCAAAGCUCCCUGCCAUCCAGGACCUCUAUACCAGGCGGUGUCAGAGGAAGGCCCUCAAAAUUGUCAAAGACUCCAGCCACCCUAGUCAUAGACUGUUCUCUCUGCUACCGCACGGCAAGCGGUACCGGAGUGCCAAGUCUAGGUCCAAAAGACUUCUCAACAGCUUCUACCCCCAAGCCAUAAGACUCCUGAACAGCUAAUCAUGGCUACCCGGACUAUUUGCACUGCCCCCCCACCCCAUCCUUUUUACGCUGCUGCUACUCUGUUAAGUAAGUAUUUAUGCAUAGUCACUUUAACUCUACCCACAUGUACAUAUUACCUCAACUACCUCAACUAGCCGGUGCCCCCGCACAUUGACUCUGCAACGGUACGCCCCUGUAUAUAUAGCCUCCCUACUGUCACUUUAUUUUACUGUAUAUAUAGCCUCCCUACUGUCACUUUAUUUUACUUCUGCUCUUUUUUUCUCAACACUUUUUUUGUUGUUGUUUUAUUCUUACUUUUUUGUUUAAAAUAAAUGCACUGUUGGUUAAGGGCUGUAAGUAAGCAUUUCACUGUAAUGUCUGCACCUGUUGUAUUCGACGCAUGUGACCAAUAAAAUUUGAUUUGAUUUGAUUUGAUUUGAUCUGCCCGACGGUAAAGGAGAGAACAGCUUGUGGCUGGGGUGUGUGGGGUCCUUGAUGAUGCUGCGGCUUCCUCAGACACCGUUUUGAGUAGAUGUCCUGGAUGGGUGGGAGCACGGUCACAGUGAUGUACUGGGUCGUCUUCAUCACCUGCUGGAGGGCCUUGCAGUCCUGUACCAGGCUCUCAGUGGAGCAGCAGUAGUAUUUGGAGAGGACCCGGGGUAGCAUGCUGAAUUUCUUCAUCCACCUUAGGAAGUAGAGGCGCUGUUGCGCCCUCUUGACAAGAGUGGUGGUGUUGUUGGUCCAUGUCAAGUCCUCAGUGAUGCUGAGGAACUUAAAACUACUGACUCUCUCUACUGCAGUCCCGUUGAUGUGGAUCGGGGCAUGUUCCCUCCUCUGCUUCCUGAAGUCAACAAUCAACUCCUUUGUUUUGCUGACAUUGAGGGAGAGGUGGUUUUACUGGCACCACAAUGCCAGUUCACUUUCCUCCUCCCUUAUAGACUGACUCGUAGUUGUUGGUUAUCAAGCCUACAACCGUGGUGUCGUCAGCAAACAUGAUGAUGGAGUUGGUGUCGCGCAAAGCCACACAGUCGUGGGUGAACAGGGAGUACAGCAGAGGACUGAGGACACACCCCUGAGGAGCCUCUUUGUUAAGAGUCUGUGGUCUAGCCGUCAGGAAGUCCAGGAUCCAGUUGCAGAGGGUGAUGUCCAGACCCAGGGCCCUGAGCUUGGUGUCGAGCUUGGAAGGAACAAUAGUGUUGAAUGCUGAACUGUAGUCAAUGAACAGCAUUCUCACAUAGAGGUUCAUCUUGUCCAGAAGUGUUAGGGCUGUGUGAAUAGCGAUGGAAAUGGCUUAGUGCUUCAUUGGUUGUUGGGUUUAUCCCCGCUUGGGACAAAGCCUCGUCCCAAAGGUCCCUACUACUUUGAACACCAGAAAGACAGUGUGGUUUCUCUCAAUAGCAUCUAUCUGACUAAUUGGUUUCAUGACAGCCAGUAAAUUUGUUACGUGAGGAGGGGGAGGAGGAGGAGGAGGAGUAGGAGGAAGCCCAUUGAUCACUUCUGGGGGAGAUGUUUAGUAUCAGCUGUAACAUCAGUGGUUGCAGUGUCCCAUGGCUACUGUCUAUGAGGGAGAGGCAGAGAUAAGAUCUGCCUAUUAAACAACACACCCAGUGUCCAAAAUAACCAUACUGAGGCUAGGAUUUCUCAGUAUUAGCACUUAUGUCUUGAAACAGCAACAUAUGAGGAUUCACUUCAACGGUAAAGACUCUCUUUACCCACAAUGUCUUAUGACAUUGCAGUUUUUUCAGAGCCUACUGUAUUUUUCUGCUGAACAGGGUUUAUGAAUAGACAUGCAACACAUCUCUCCUAAGCUCCACAAUUAGUAAUUACUCACUUUAAUUAUUCACAGCUACUCUGCAGGGAAUUAUUAUUAAGCAGAUUCACUAAAGUAUCACAGUGUUAUUUUUGAUCUAAUUAAAAGGUGGAUGUUCUCUGUGUCUCUGAUGCCUCAGCAGUUCCUCCCUACACAGGGCCUGACCCCCUGGCAUGUCUAUUGUGUGUUUUAGUGUGUGUGUGCGUGUGUGUGCGUGUGCACGUGUAUGUGUGUGUGAUGCAUGUCACUGUCCUUACCCUGGGAUUUGAUCAGGGCUGAGUGGUCCUGUGUGUGUUGACAGGCUAUGUCAGUGACUCGGCCAGAUCACGCUCUCUCCUCUAAUGACUCAGUCACUGACUACUGAGUGACAACUCAGAGAAGCUUCUGGAACUGUGACACCAUUUUCCCUGUUUUCUCCUAACUCUCCAUGAUGAGUGGAUCUGAGUUGAAGUCGUUUCUUUGUAGCCUCUAGGGGUUUCUCUUGAGGGUUAGUUGGUAGGUUCAUUUGGCUACAUCUGUUCUCUGUGGGAGGUGGGAGGGAGCAGUGCUCUUAUCACAGUAGAUGUGUGUCAUCCCCCGCCAAACUGACCUAGUGCACAGAAUAACUUGUUAUUGAAUAGGGGAGAUAGCAGGGGCUGCAUAUGGGUCAUAUACACACACACAGAUGUACAGUAAGUGAGAACUGUCUGAUGCCACAUCGAGCUGUUUUAUAUCAGAUUUUAUGUCAGCAUCAGAAGUUUUCCAUUGCGUUCCUAUGAAGCCAUAUUGAACCGUGUGUUAUUGGCUUUUCAGCACUCUGAAGGUUUUCCAUUGCAUUUCCAUCGCCUGUAUGAAAUGCCCUCUACCAUGUCCUUUGUGCCUCACAUCACACAGCAGAGCUUUUUUUUCUACAGUACCGAAGACAAAAUGUUAUUCUAACAUGAGCUCAUCGGGUCCGGUCACUACCAGUUCACACCAUUACCAUACCAAAUAAGACUGUUAUUUAUGUCUUCCCUGGGCCCCAAGGCAGACACAGUGGUGUACUAUGCCUGUUAGUGUGUGACUGGGCACAUGUGGUCUCUGUGCAGUACAUUCUGUGCAUGUCCACAGAAUCCCUUUCAUGGCUGGCCGGUUGUGUACGCUCCCUGAGGCAAGGAGGAGAGAGGCGCGGGUGGGAGUGUGGGUGGUCUGGGGCUGGGAGAUUGGCCCCGCUGUGUCACCCGACCCGGGCUGCAUGGGGCUGGGGCUUGGCACACAGGAGCUCCCUGUCCUGUUCCUGUGCUCUGUCCUGACACCAGCGUGACUCAGAACACUGCUUUCUCAGCCAUUGUUUCGCGACACUGACUCUUACCCUCUCUCUCUCUCUCUCUCUCUCUCUCUCUCUCUCUCGCUCUCUCUCUCUCCUCCUCUCUCUCUCUCUUCUCUCUCUCUCUCUCUCUUCUCUCUCUCUCUCUCUCUCUCUCUCUCUCUCUCUCUCUCUCUCUCUCUCUCUCUCUCUCUCUCUCUCUCUCUCUCUCUCUCUCUGUCUCUCUGUCUGUCUCUCUCUCUCUCCCACCCCCCCCCUCUCUCUAUAUAUCUCUCUCCCCCCUUUCUCUCUCUCUGCAGUUUGAUCUGAACCAGCUGAUGACCGCUGUGAAUGUAACCCCGAGCCACAGUCCUGUCCACAAGACUUUGGAGUCUCCUAGGGUGCUGGUGGAACAGUCUCCUGUGCACCGGACCAAGGGUUUCUUCCCUGACGAAUCAGAGCCCCUUCUCCGCUGUGACUCCACCUCCAGCAAAGACUCCGCCCUCAGCAGGACCGGCUCGUUCAUUACCAAAGGUGAGCACAUAUGACACAGUCCUGUUUCAGUAAUUAUGCUAGACAACGUCUCCUACAGAUGUGAUGUACUUAUAUUUACUGCCCCCUUCUGGUUACAAAUUGCACCUGAUUUUAUAUUCCAUUAUAGGAAGUCAUCAACUAUGAAGACUUUGAGAAAUGAAGGGAAAGGGGGAUACCUAGUCAGUUGCGCAACUGAAUGUAUUCAACCGAAAUAUGUCUUCCACAGUUAACCAAACUCUUCUGAAUCAGAUACAUCUUAGUCAUCAUAAGGAUGACUGGGCUUUUAUUCCCAAAAGCACAAAAAGACAGAUCAUUUAGUCAUUCAUGAUUUCCUAUUCUAUGGACAACAAUAAGUUGUAGCUAACAUCAACAGUAUGUUGCAGUCUAUCCUCCUCCUCAUUCUGACGUUGUUUUCUUUCCCCUCCUCUCUUCACUUGUGAUUUCCAGAGAAGAAAGACACGGUGCUACGUCAGGUCCGGCUGGAUCGGUGCGACCUGCAGCCCGUCUUCGACGACAUGCUGCAUAUCCUAAACCCUGAUGAGCUGCACGUCAUCGAGGAGAUCCCCAUCGCCGAGGACAAACUGGACCGCCUCUUUGAGAUUGCCGGGGUCAAGAGCCAGGAGGCCAGCCAGACCCUGCUGGACUCGGUCUACAGCCACCUGCCUGACCUCCUAUAGGCCCGCUGCUGUGGUGCUACAGACCUCUACUUUGGUCAGGGGACACCCCACUUCCUUCUGCUGCCAACCCCUCCUCCCCGGGUGUGGCUACCUGGGUGUGGCUUCCUCUCUUGACCCCCCCACACCCCCAAGUAGUGAGAGGCUACUUGAUUCUGGCUACAGUUACCUACUCGCCUUCGAGUCCAAUGGGUUCGCCUCCAUUCCUAGUAGCCUGACUGAGUCCCCCACUCCUACAAUGAUCAGGGAGCCUCCCUCCCCUCUCUUGAAGUCUCCUUCCAUCACUCCCGCCAUGUUGAGGGAAGGGGACCAGGUUGUCCCCCUCUCUCACCACACAGCCUCCCUUGGCAAGCCAGCCUGCCUGGAGGAAUGGCAGGACAGAGGGGCCAGGCUCUGUACCCCAGCCUGGAGUUCUGGACAGACAGACGCCUCGAUACCACCACCAUCACCACUAUGCUCAUUAAACCACUGCUAUUGCCCUUGUGUCAAUGUGACGUUAAAACAGUGUUCUCUUGACAUUUUGGAGCUU